CACCUGGCAACCGCUCCUAAGUAGCAAAUACCUGGAUAGGAGGCCCCUGGGCAGAACACCAUGAAUCUGGGGCUUUGUGCUGAGAGGGGGCCUUUCAUCCCAAAGGCCUAUCUUGGUUGUGAAAGACAAGACUGAGGCCUAUGAAGGAAACCUCCCCAAGGUUGCAGACGCUGACGGAUUUGCCCCAGAGUCGGAGUAGCUGCCAUCUGGAGAUUCCACAGCCAUGAGUGGGUUUAACUUUGGAGGCACCGGGGCCCCUGCUGGCGGUUUUACAUUUGGCACUGCAAAGACUGCGACCACCACACCAGCCACUGGCUUUUCCUUCUCUGCUUCCGGGACCGGAGGGUUUAAUUUUGGGACUCCUUCCCAGCCAGCUGCGACCACCCCUUCCACUGGCCUCUUCUCACUCACCACACAGACCCCAACCACACAGACCCCAGGGUUCAACUUUGGAACAACACCUGCAUCUGGAGGAUCUGGCUUCUCCCUGGGGCUCAGCACCCCAAAGCUCAACCUGAGUAACACAGCUGCCACACCAGCCACAGCCAACACUGGCAGCUUUGGGCUUGGCAGCAGCACUCUCACCAAUGCCAUCUCAAGUGGCAGCUCCUCCAGUCAGGGGACAGCCCCCACUGGCUUUGUCUUUGGCUCCUCUACCACCUCUGCUCCAUCUACCGGCUCCACGGGGUUCUCAUUUACCAGUGGCAGUGCAUCCCAGCCUGGAGCCUCUGGCUUUAGCAUUGGCUCCAUGGGUAGCUCAGCCCAGCCCACAGCACUGUCUGCCUCUCCGUUCACUCCAGCCACUCUGGUGACCACUACAGCAGGAGCAGCACAGCCAGCUGCUGCCACACCCACAGCUGCCACCACCAGUGCAGGGUCUACACUCUUUGCUUCCAUAGCUGCUGCUCCUGCCUCAUCCAGUGCCACAGUGCUCUCCCUCUCAGCUCCGGUGACAACUGCAGCCACUCCUAGUGCUGGGACUCUGGGCUUCAGCCUCAAGGCCCCUGGAACAGCUCCUGGUGCCUCCACCACCAACACCACCACUACUACCACCACCGCCACCACCUCCUCCUCCUCUACAACCACUGGCUUUGCCUUGAGCCUGAAACCCCUGGUGCCUGCUGGCUCCAGCAGUGUGGCAGGUACUGGGACUGCUCUGCCUGCUUCCAGCACAGCAGCUGGGGCUACCACAGGUCCCGCGAUGACCUAUGCGCAGCUGGAAAGCCUGAUCAACAAGUGGAGCCUGGAACUGGAGGACCAGGAGCGGCACUUCCUGCAGCAGGCCACGCAGGUCAAUGCCUGGGACCGCACACUGAUUGAGAAUGGGGAGAAGAUCACCAGCCUGCACCGUGAGGUGGAGAAGGUGAAGCUGGAUCAGAAGCGCCUGGACCAGGAGCUGGAUUUUAUCCUUUCACAGCAGAAGGAGCUGGAAGACCUUCUGAGCCCGUUGGAGGAGUCAGUGAAGGAGCAAAGCGGCACCAUCUACCUUCAGCAUGCCGAUGAGGAGCGUGAGAAGACCUACAAGCUGGCUGAGAACAUCGAUGCUCAGCUCAAGCGAAUGGCACAGGACCUCAAGGACAUCAUUGAGCACCUGAACAUGGCUGGUGGCCCUGCAGACACCAGUGACCCGCUGCAGCAGAUCUGCAAGAUCCUCAACGCGCACAUGGACUCCCUUCAGUGGGUGGACCAGAGCUCUGCCCUAUUGCAGAGGAGGGUGGAAGAGGCCAGCCGAGUGUGUGAGGGCCGGCGCAAGGAGCAGGAGCGCAGCCUUCGCAUUGCCUUUGACUAGCCCCACGUGAGUGGGAGGGGCUCCUUGGGUUGCAAGGGUGCUGGCUUUCUUUUGGGUGGUUGUGUUGAGAGAAACUUUCUUUGGUUUGACUCCCUGUUAGCAGAAGUGUUUUUGCGAGGCAUGGCACUCAUGGAUGAAACUGUGGGCUCUGGAGACUAGCGUGUAGGUCACUUGAGCUCCUGGCCAGCAUUUAAAGGCAAGUGUUGAGUCAAGUGCCGCCUCACAGCAGCUCAGUUCUCUCCUGUUUGUCCAGCUCACCUUUUAUCUACUCCAGUUCGACUGUGAUAGUUGGACAAGAUACUUCAGAGGAGAUACUGCCCAAAAAACUGGGGUGGAGACGUGGUGGGUUUGAAAGCCCAGUGCUUCUGUGCUUCUCCAACUCCCAUCUAGCCCAUGUCCUCCAGAGCCUCUGCCACACAAAGCAGAGUGAGUCGAGGCACACUGAGCUAACACCUGUUUUGCGCGGACUACCUCUGUCACCCCUAGCUUGUAAGCUCCUAUGGCAGGGACCGGCUGCUAUGCCAGGGUUGCUGCAGACUGCUUCUGAGUGUCCCGGUGUCAUCUCAGACACGGUCAGAUCCACAGUGUUGAAGGCCAGCAGUCAUGUCCUGGUCUGUUUUAUUUCUCUGUACUCUGUCUGCUGUAGCCUGUGUGGCCUCUUACUGAAAUGUUGCUUUUCUAAAUAAAGAAAAUGUUGUGAAAUCA